AGUUGCGCGCGGCGAGGUCUGCAGCCAGAGCGCAGCAGAACCCGGCAUCCCGGUUCAGGCUGACGGCGGAGGAGCGCGCAGCCGGGCUGGGCGCGCAAGAGCAGGAGGUGGUGGCGAGUGAGCGCAACUUCGCCGAGGUCUUGCCGGCUCGGGCUCCCGCCCCCUGCGUCUCCCGCAGGUCUCCGCGGCUAGUGGAGGCGCGCUUCCCAGCAGUGCGCGGGCGGUCGGGAAGAUGAUGAUGAUGUCCUUGAACAGUAAACAGGCGUUCAGCAUGCCACACGGCGGCAGCCUGCACGUGGAGCCCAAGUACUCGGCACUUCACAGUGCCUCUCCCGGCUCUUCGGCACCCGCCGCGCCCUCGGCCAGCUCCCCUAGCAGCUCGAGCAACGCGGGCGGCAGUGGCGGUGGCGGCGGCGGCGGCCGGAGCAGCAGUGCCAGUAGCAGCGGGAGCAGCGGCGGCGGGGGCUCGGAGGCGAUGCGGAGAGCGUGUCUUCCAACCCCACCGAGCAAUAUAUUCGGUGGGCUGGAUGAGAGCCUGCUGGCCCGCGCCGAGGCUCUGGCGGCCGUGGACAUCGUCUCCCAGAGCAAGAGCCACCACCACCACCCGCCCCACCACAGCCCCUUCAAGCCGGACGCCACCUACCACACGAUGAACACCAUCCCGUGCACGUCGGCCGCCUCCUCUUCCUCGGUGCCCAUCUCGCACCCGUCCGCGCUGGCAGGCACGCACCACCACCACCACCACCAUCACCACCACCAUCAGCAGCCGCACCAAGCACUCGAGGGCGAGCUGCUGGAGCACUUGAGUCCCGGGCUGGCCUUGGGCGCCAUGGCGGGCCCCGACGGUGCGGUGGUGUCCACGCCGGCGCACGCGCCUCACAUGGCCACCAUGAACCCCAUGCACCAAGCAGCGCUCAGCAUGGCCCACGCGCACGGGCUGCCCUCGCACAUGGGCUGCAUGAGCGACGUGGACGCCGACCCGCGGGACCUAGAGGCGUUCGCCGAGCGCUUCAAGCAGCGACGCAUCAAGCUGGGGGUGACUCAGGCCGACGUGGGCUCAGCGCUGGCGAACCUCAAGAUUCCCGGCGUGGGCUCGUUGAGCCAGAGCACCAUCUGCAGGUUCGAGUCCCUCACGCUGUCGCACAACAACAUGAUCGCGCUCAAACCCAUCCUGCAGGCGUGGCUGGAGGAGGCCGAGAAGUCGCACCGCGAGAAGCUGACCAAGCCGGAGCUCUUCAAUGGCGCUGAGAAGAAGCGCAAGCGCACGUCCAUUGCGGCGCCUGAAAAGCGGUCCCUUGAAGCCUACUUCGCCAUCCAGCCUCGACCCUCCUCCGAGAAGAUAGCCGCCAUCGCGGAGAAGCUGGACCUUAAGAAAAACGUGGUGCGCGUCUGGUUCUGCAACCAGAGGCAGAAGCAAAAAAGGAUGAAAUAUUCCGCGGGCAUUUAGGAGACCCUCGGGCUCUCCAGGGACUGCCCCUCCGUGUCUUCACUUCUCCCUCCCAUGCUCUCCUGCCUCUUUUACUUUCCACUUUCAGCGACCAGAAACAAGGCCGGUAAAUGUGAAUUCAGAGAAAGCGCUUUUUAGAGAGGGAGCUGCGAAGGAGCCUGGCGAGAAUGUGAAAUGGUUUCUCAUAGGAAAGAAAAACAAAGGAGCGACUGGACAAGUUGUAGCAAAGUUGCCCUUUUCAACUCGGAAAAGACACCUGGGUUUCUUCAGUGGAAGUCUGGAGCUGGCAAUUUGCAGGAAGGCAGGCGGCACAGCUUUUUAAAAGGCUCCGAGAAUGAGCAAGUAAGAUUUGUUUUUAUUCUUAAAGACAUCGCCCUUGUCAAGUUUAAAAGUACACUUUGCAGCUAUUUUUCAGAAAUAUGAAUUGAUUCAGGACUGAAAUUUUAAACUAGAGUUGAUGCUUAAUGUGAUAAAGACAUCUCUAAAAUAUUUUGAAUUUUAAAAAAAGAUGGCAGAUUUUCUGCAUUUACACUGUAUAUGAUAUACAUAUAUAUUUUUUAUUGUGAUUCUUACCCCUUCUUUCUUUUCUUAAGUGUUAAUGCUUAAGAAAGGAUUGGCGCCUGCUGUGUUCACUGAUCUUGAAAGCUAUUAUUAAAUUAUUGCCGAACAACCCUCUGUAAAUUAUUAAUUUCUGUCUCUAGCAACUUAAUUUGUGCACAUUCUAAUUAAUUAGACUUCUUUAAUCUUAAAAAAGAGGGGGAAACGUAUGGCUAGCAAACUUAAAAAAUUUAUGUUGAGUGAGUUUAUGGAAUUUUUAAAAUUUUCCUCUUAUACUGGGUUCCUUUUGACCCAUUUGUAUAUUCUCACUUUGAAUGAAGAUUGGUUUUUCUCUGUUUUAAAUGGUCGUGUUCUGAUUUGUGAGUAUACACUCAGUAAUGGAUGUCUUAAUGGUGCAGACCUGCUUCACUGUCUGAAGUAUUGUUUACUUCCUUACAUAUUUAAUGGGGAUUCCCACAUUGUCCUCUGUAUGAC